GGAGAAAUGCUAAAUCCAUGUCUCCUUUCUUGCCCUCCGCUCCGCUCCGCCCGCCCCUAUGGGGAAGACAGAGAGUAAGGGACAUGCUUCCAGCGUCCACGGUUCUUCAAGGGGAGGGAUUAAGCGUUUUUUCAGAUGAUGUAGGUCGUCGAAUUCAUGCAUUUCCAUUGUCAAACCCAUAAAAGGAUAAUUGGCAUCAGCUGGUUGAGUCCAAGCAAGUAUGGUUUCCUCAUUAUCAAGUUCAAGAAGAAGCAUAUCCACUUUUUGCUAUCUGUGUGAAAGAAGAAAACAAACGGACAGCGAAAUCGUUAAAAUGUUUCAACUUUCCACUCCUAAAGGGGACACAAUAGGUUCUGUGUCAAAUAGGACAUCUUCGCGGAGGAAUGGUCCUGCAAGGGCAUUGGAUGAGAGGUUCAUUAAGAUUUUGAAGAUAUUUAAGUGGGGCCCUGAUGCAGAAAAGGCGUUAGAGGUCCUACAGAUGAAAGUGGACCGGCAGUUGGUUCACGAGGUUCUGAAAAUAGACGUUGAGGUGGGUAGCAAAAUCGCAUUUUUCAAGUGGGCUGGGAAAAGAAGGAACUUUGAGCAUGACUCGGCCACCUACCUGUCUUUGAUCCAUUGUCUGGAAGAAGCGGGGUUUACCGGCGAGCUAUGGAGGACAGUGCAACAGAUGGUGAAGGGCACGUGCCUUAUUUCCCCCAGUGACCUUUCUGAGAUUGUGAGGGUUUUGGGGAGGGCUAAAAUGGUAAACAAAGCCCUCGUUGCAUUUUACCAGAUCAAAGGCCGCAAGUGCAAGCCCACGGCAACCACAUACAACGCCGUGAUUCUCAUGCUGAUGCAAGAAGGCCAGCACCAGAAAGUUCAUGCGAUCUAUAAAGAAAUGUGCCACGAAGGUAAUUGUUUCCCGGACUCUGUGACUUAUACUGCACUUAUAUCAGCACUUACAAAACUAGGUCAAGAUGAUUCUGCUCUGAGGUUAUUCGAUGAAAUGAAGGAGAAUGGGUUGCACCCCACUGUGAAGAUAUACACCACUCUGUUAGGUGUUUAUUUCAAGAAAAAUAGGGCUGAGGAAGCUUUAGGGUUAGUGGAUGAGAUGAAGGGAAAUGGUUGUGCUCCGACCGUUUACACUUACACUGAAUUGAUAAAGGGGCUGGGGAAAGCCGGUAGGACUGAAGAAGCUUAUUCUAUAUUUCUAAAUGUCCUAAGAGAAGAUAAUGUUAAACCGGAUGUGGUACUUAUAAACAAUGUAAUAAACAUUCUUGCAAAGGCAGGACGUUUCGAUGAUGCGCUGAAACUGUUUGAGGAAAUGGAGUCAUCCUUGAAUUGUGUUCCCAAUGUGGUGACGUAUAACACUGUUAUAAAAUCUCUGUUCCAAUCUAAAUCUCAUGUACCCGAAGCUUUAUUGUGGUUUGAAAGGAUGAAGGCGUACAAUAUUGCCCCUAGCUCUUUCACUUAUUCGAUAUUCAUUGAUGGGUAUUGCAAGACGAAUAGGGUUGAAAAGGCUUUGAUGCUACUUGAGGAGAUGGAUGAGAAAGGGUUUCCACCUUGCCCUGCUGCCUAUUGCAGCUUGAUCAACACUCUUGGGAAAGCAAAACGGUACGAAGCUGCAAAUGAGUUGUUCAAAGAGCUGAAGGAGAGUUGUGGGUCUUCGAGUUCUAGGGUUUAUGCCGUGAUGAUAAAACAUUUUGGUAAAUGUGGACGGUUGACUGAGGCCAUCGACCUUUUCGAGGAGAUGAAAAGAUUGGGUUGCGACCCUGAUGUGUAUGCGUGCAACGCUCUAAUGUCCGGGCUGGUAAGGGCCUGUUUGGUAGACGAAGCUCAUUCCUUAUUCCGGCGUAUGGUGGAGAACAACCGCGUUCGCCCUGAUAUUAACUCGUACAAUAUCAUUCUCAACGGUUUGGCCAAGAGUGGGUCGGGGUCCACAAGACCCGCGGUUGACAUGUUUACGAGGAUGAAGGAAUCGGGUGAUGUGAAACCGGAUGCGGUCUCGUACAACACGGUCGUUGGAUGCCUAAGCCGUGCCGGCAUGUUUGAGGAGGCUGCAAGGCUGAUGAAAGAGAUGAGUGUGAAUGGUUUUGAGUAUGAUCAUAUUACCUACAAAUCCAUCCUUGAAGCUGUUGGUCAGAUUGAUGAGGUUAGAGAACCAGCUUUGUGAGAAAGGUCUUAAUAACAAAAUCUAGAGGUCUAGAAUGCUUGUGUUGGUUAUUGAUAUGUACAAUGUAUAUUUAUAAGUAAACACAUUUAUUUGAAUGCUUUAUACUGGUCUCUUUUUUUUGAAGCACAUUUCUCUUACUUGUAAGCAAAUCUUAGUUGUACAAUUUACAGUUUUUCCAACACUUCAUUUAUCAAUAACUAAUAUAAAUUUUAUUUAAUUAAUAAUCAAAGUGUGAUUUUUUUUAAAAAAACUGGACAGAUACUG